GAACGGAAAUUUUCUUUCGUUAUUAUACAGUGUGCCUUUUUGUCUCACCAUCGCCAUCAAAGCCUCUUUUCUAUAUUUCUUCUUCUUCUUCUUUUUCCGCUCUAGAUCUUAACGUUAACAACUACCAGUAAUGGCGGUCGCUGCACCUUCAGCAACCAUUCGGUCGUUCUCCGCCGCAAUGUCUCCGAGUAGGAGGCUCCGGGAAAGGAUGAUCGUCCGAUCUACAGGCCCUUCCGUUGUCCCGAUACUGACCAAUUUACAGAACACAUGCACCACUCCUCUACCUGUCCUUCGCCGAGUGGCAGACUCCAUGACGGCUGAUUUGAGAGCUGGGCUCGCUCAGGAAGGCAGCAGCGAUCUUAAGAUGAUUCUCAGCUACGUUGAUAGCUUGCCUACUGGGGACGAGAAGGGCAUAUUCUAUGCUCUGGAUCUUGGAGGCACCAACUUCCGGGUGUUAAGGGUGCAACUGGGAGGGAAAGACAAACGUGUUAUUGACUCUGAAUUUGAACAAGUAACCAUUCCUCAAGAAUUGAUGUUUGGUACUUCUGAGGAAUUGUUCGAUUUUAUUGCGAUGAGGCUGGCAAAUUUCGCACGAAAGGAAGGUGGGAGACUUCACCUGCCUAAUGGAAGGAAAGGGGAAAUUGGGUUUACGUUUUCUUUUCCUAUCAAACAAACAUCUAUUGAUUCUGGCACAUUAAUCAAAUGGACCAAGGGUUUCGCAGUCUCUGGAACGGCAGGAAAAGAUGUAGUUGCUUGUUUGAAUGAAUCCAUGGAAAGACAAGGAGUAGAAAUGCAUGUCUCUGCCCUGGUUAAUGAUACAGUUGGGACACUUGCUGGGGCAAGGUACUGGGAUGAUGAUGUGAUGGUUGCUGUCAUUUUGGGGACUGGAACAAAUGCGUGCUAUGUAGAACGGUUGGAUGCUAUUCCAAAGCUUCAAGUUCAGAUGCCUAGUUCUGGAAGAACGGUGUGUAUACAACCAUUAUUUAGGUUGUAAUUGUUUGAAUUUUGAAGCAAGGCAAUUUUCACUAAGGCUUUUUUGGUUGCAAGGGGAAU